GACCUCCAUCUUGCUCAUUGCGCCGUUCAUUUUUCCGAAGAAGAUUGAAUUUAUCAAAUAUGUCAGCUUUUUAGGUACUUUUGCCGUGACGUACUUGGCGGUGUUGAUCGUUAUUGAGUACCUAGCGACGGAAAAUGAAUCUGGGCCGGUGCCGACAAAACCAGAAAAAAUUUCUGACAUCAUAUUCCUCAUCCCGACAAUUUGUUUCGCAUAUCAGUGCCAUAUGGGAAGUGUUCCAAUUUACGCCGGUCUGCAAAACCGGAAUUUGCUGAAGUACGGGACCAUUGUCGGGCUAGUGUUUAUUUUCGUGACAAUCAUUUACGCAAUGGCUGGAAUUUUCGGUCUGUUAACCUUUGGCUCCAAAGUAAAUCACGACAUUUCCCGGGGUUAC